GCGGGCGAGUGGUCCAGCGGAUACCUCGGACCUCUCUGGAACGACUUCCUAGGUGGCUGCGGGUCUGGCCAGCUCCCUGGAAGUCUGGGAAGGACGAGGGAACCCUUCACCCCCCGGGCCCCGAAGACCUGAACUCCCAAGCCCUAAACGGCCCCCCAAAGCUUCGAGGUACACUUGCCUGCGUGACGCCACUCCCAGAUGGUCACCAGGAUUUCAUCAACCUCUUCGUCCGCUGA